AUGUCGGCACCGAAAGACGACAUCAUAGUCACCCGGGUAGACCAAGAUGUCCACGGGAAACCCAUAAACGAGGCAACAGAGACCACAUCGCUUUUGAGCGCAGGCGCUCGCGACGGCGACAGCUCCUGUGAAGAUACGUGGCCGGGCUAUGCGGACUUCGAAGGCUUGCCGUGGUGGAGGACGCCCUCUGUCUACUGGCUUCUCAUCCCGUAUGCCCUCUUCACGCUGGCCUUUGGAGGCUCUCUGGUGCCCAAGUUGAACCUAAUCGUCGAUCUGGUAUGCCAAAGGCAUUUCGCCGACGAGACGGCGCUGGAUCCGGCCUUCGCUUUCACUCCUGUGAUACUCGGCGCGGAUAAUCCGCAAUGCCUCAUCCCCGAGGUUAAGAAGAGCGUGUCCAUGUUCACCCUGGCCAUCAACUUGACCACCGGCAUUCUCUCCGCCAUCACGGCCCCGAAGUUGGGUCAGCUCUCAGAUCGGUAUGGCCGACGGAAGCUCUUGGCUUUAGCGUCCUGCGGCGGCGUCGUGGCCGAGCUCAUCGUCAUCAUGUGUGCCAACUUCCCCUGGACAUUCCACUACAACUGGCUGCUGCUCGGUGCCGUCGCCGACGGUCUCACCGGAUCCUUCACAGCAGGCAGCGUCCUCAUCAACUCGUACACCAGCGAUUGCACCGCGCCAUCUCAGCGCGGCGUACGCAUCGGAUAUCUGCAUGCCUGCCUCUUCAGCGGUCUCGCCUUCGGCCCCCUUUUGACUGGCUACUUUGCCGCCUGGACAGGCAACCUCCUCUCCGUAUUCUACGUCACCAUGGGAUGCCACAUCUACUUCAUCAUCUUUGUUGGCUUCAUCGUCCCCGAGUCCCUCAGCGUGAAACGCCAGCUCCGCGCGCGCCAAAAGCACGACCAAGAAAAGGAGGCAAAGGCCGGCGAUGGAACCUGGUCCACGAUCAAGGCGGCCAACCCCCUGGCUCCCCUCAGGAUCCUCUGGCCCACAGGAUCCGGAACCUCCUCGAGACUGCGUCUCAACAUCGUCGCGCUCUCCUUCACCGACAUGAUCCUCUUGGGGGCCGCCAUGAGCGCCGGCACUGUCAUCCUGCUCUACUCCGAGUCCCCCGAGACGUGGGGCUGGGGUACCCUGGAGAGCUCUCGCUACAUCUCCGCCGUGUCCAUGGUCCGCGUUGUCGCGCUGCUUGUCGUCCUCCCGCUGGUCAACUAUGUCUUCCGCGUGCGGCCCGCAGCCUACCGGAGGAGGGUAUCGGGCGUUUCCAUCGUUGAGGCAAACAACGGCGCCGAUAGCGUCGACUGCUGGAUUCUUCGCUUCGCUCUGCUCUCGGACGUCACCGGCUCCCUUGGAUACCUGUUUGCGAGAAGCGAGGCCGUAUUCGUGCUUUCUGGCAUGGUCACUGCUUUUGGCGGCCUCGGAAGUGCGACCAUUCAAGCCGCCAUCACCAAGCAUGUGCCUGCGGACCAGGUCGGGCAGCUGCUCGGGGCCAUUGGCGUUUUGCACGCCCUUUCGAGGGUGCUGGGUCCGAUUGCCUUCAACACACUUUACUACUCGACUGUCGGCGUCUUUGAUCAGGCCAUCUUCGUCCUCCUUGCAGCCCUAUUUGGCCUGGCUUUGUUGGCCAGCUUCAUGGUGCGGCCCGGUGUGUUCCUCGAGGAGACCUACGAGCCUGUACCUUCAUCGGCGCCGCAUUUGAGCUCCAACGCUAGCUCAGAGGCGCUGGAGGUGUUGACGGAGGAGGAGUUGAUACCCAACAACUAA